AUGGCCCUGCAGUACCAAGACAUCGAUCUGGAUGAGGAUCCUUGCAUAUUUCCUGACUGUGGCCAUUUCGUCACUAAGUCAAGUAUGGAUGGCGUUAUGGAUAUGAAAACACAAUAUCUUAUGUCACCCGAUGGCCUCCCUGUCGAAGUAUCUGGCAGUUCUGUACCAUUUUCGAUGGACGAAAUCAAGUGUUGCCCUACAUGCCGAGGUUCACUACGGAACAUUUCUCGAUAUGGGCGCAUUGUGAGACGCGCCAUGCUUGAUGAAGCCACGAAGAAAUUCAUUGCUUGGUCCAAUAAUGAAUACCUCCAACUCGCUCAGCGGCUCGUGGAUAUUCAGCAGAGACUCACAGAGAAAGCCAACCCAGUCUUUCUUCCUCAAAACAGCCGACCAUCUAAGCUCGUCAUCGUUAUUCGUCCACGCCUGAAACAACUGUAUGCUAUUCGUGACCAUAUUGGUGGCGCAAGAUACGCACCGGCGUUGAAGCUUUGGCAUCACAUUAGUGAAUUCAUUGGCAAAGUACGUAAGGAGGAGCAACCGUUUCAGCGAGUUGCCGACUUCAUUCAACAUUCUCAGAAGCAACGUUCCACGGAAAAUAGCAUGUACAAUGAGACAUUGAUCCAAGUCGGAGGCAUGAUCCAGGGCCUUGCGCUGUGGCUCAGAUGCGAAACUAUCAUACUCUCCGAUUUCAUGAAAAUCCGCCAGUAUCACAGUGCCCAGGUGUCGGAAAUCAGACUGGAUUUGACUGGACAAAUGAACGAUUGCGAGAGAUUGAUUGAUCUUGCGAACACUUCAAGGUAUCCUCGUCAACAAGUCGAAGGUCAUGUAUUUUCUGCCCUUUUCUGUCUUGUUAGCAGCCAGCUUGCCUCUGAGUCGACGGAGAAACCUCAAGACGAGGCAGAAUCAAGUUGUUCCAGGGAGGCGCUCAAGACAAAGGCAUCUGCUCAUCUAGCAACCGCACGGCGGUUGCUUCAGGAUUUCCCAUCAACCAGAGUACUCGAAGUCGAUGUUGAGGCUGCAGAGACCAUGUUGGGUGACAGUGUCUUCUAUGCGACAGUCUCGGCGGACGAAAUGAGAGCCGUGUAUCAAGCAAUGGCGAGAGAGUUCAGUGGGACUGGCCACUGGUACACGUGCGAGAGCGGUCAUCCUUUUACAGUCGGGGAGUGCGGGAUGCCGACGGAACAGGCUCGAUGUCCUGAAUGUGGAGGUGAGAUUGGUGGGCGAAAUCAUAACCCAGCCGCAGGUGUACGGCGAGCCGAUGAGAUUGAAGAGUUAGCGCGAGGUGUUGGGGAUAUCGGUAUUGCAGGUUAA